AUGCCGCGGGACACCGGGCAGGGGGUAACCGGUGGUCUGUCCUCUCUGUUUCAGGGCGGGCCGGUGGAAAUCCUGCCGUUCCUGUACUUGGGCAGCGCGUACCACGCCUCCCGAAAAGACAUGCUGGACGCUUUGGGGAUCACGGCGUUAAUCAAUGUCUCGGCCAACUGCCCCAACCACUUCGAAGGGCACUACCAGUAUAAAAGUAUCCCUGUAGAGGACAACCACAAGGCGGAUAUCAGCUCCUGGUUUAACGAGGCGAUUGAUUUCAUAGACUCUGUUAAAAACGAUGGAGGAAGGGUAUUUGUGCACUGCCAGGCUGGCAUCUCCCGGUCAGCAACCAUCUGCCUUGCUUAUCUCAUGAGGACCAACAGAGUCAAACUGGAUGAAGCCUUUGAGUUUGUAAAGCAGAGGAGAAGCAUCAUCUCCCCAAAUUUCAGCUUCAUGGGGCAGCUUCUUCAGUUUGAGUCGCAGGUCCUUGCCCCCAACUGCUCAGCAGAGGCCGGGAGCCCCGCUAUGGCAGUAUUGGACAGAGGAGCAUCCACCACCACAGUCUUUAACUUCCCGGUCUCCAUCCCUGUUCACACCCCAUCCAGUGCUUUAAGCUACCUUCAGAGCCCCAUCACUACUUCCCCAAGCUGCUGAAAAGCAGCUGAAAACGUGGUCAGAAUUCAGACUUGCUGUCUCAGAAGUGCAAUAACUACAGGGACAGUGUCACCAGUCACUUGUGUUUUGUGGGGAGUCAUUCCUGCAUCCCAGAACAGUGUCCUAAAUGGAGAGGAGCUCACCCAAUGCCAGAGAACUGGGUGUUUCUGACUUCUCAAGCAAAUAUCUGGAUGUCUACACAGAGAUCAAAGGACAGUGGCUCUUCCUGAGCUCUUCCUCCUUGUCUUCUGUCUGUCCUAGGCCUGCUCCGUGUAUAGUAGCAUGCUCACCAGUAUUCCCAUUCCUGGACACUUUGAGCAACACUGAUGUUGUCCCCUUUUAUAUGACAGUCCUAUUUAUUUAUUUUUAUAUUAGUGCAUUGUUGUUUGUUGGUUUGUUGUUUGCUUUUUUUUGCCUUCACAAACCUAAAGUUUCAGUUCUAGAGAAACCAAAUACCUCAAUAUUUUUUGGUACUAUAAUCCUGUGUGUGUAUAUUUGUCAGCUCUUCUUGUUUCCCAAGCACUGACAUGAAAGCACCAGGCGAGUGCUUUUUUGAGUUGCCAAGGGUUGUAUGUUUGCUGAUUUAUUUAUGAUGUGAAAUAAUAUAUUUCUUCUUAUGAAGACAUAGUUUUGUUACAUGAUUAUAACUUUUUUUAUACAAAUGGAAUAAAUUAUGAUAUUUCUAUUGAUCUGUA